AUGCUGGGCGCGUGUUUCUUCUCUGACAGCCGUGCAGCGCGCUCUGUCACACCGCGCGUUUUGGUGUUGCUGCUGCUGCUGCUGCUGCUCGUCAGUUGUGUAGCGGUUCCCACGCGUGCCGACGAUGGUGCGGUUGCGGUGCAGCUUCCGGCGAGCAAGGAGGAGUGCUUCUUUGAGGAAAUCUCCAGUGUGGGGGUGAAGGUGUUCCUGCAUUACCUGGUCACCUCAGGCGGCUCGAUGGACAUCGACGCGACAAUCAACGGCCCCGACCGGUCGCUCAUCUGGAGCUCGCAGCGGGACCCGGAGGGCCGCGUGCUUUUUAAGACUCGCGUGCCGGGCCGCCACCACUUCUGCUUCUCCAACAGGAUGAGCACAAUUACGGCGAAAGUUGUGGCCUUCUCCAUCUCGGUGGGAGACGCUGGACAAGAUGGAAACAAGGACCGUGUCGCGACGCAGAGCGACCCACUGGAGCGCUCCAUCAUGCGCAUUCAGCAGGGUUUCCGCGAGGUACAGGAGGUGCAGCGCUACCUGAGGGGGCGCGAGCGUGUGCAUCGCGCCACGACGGAGGUGGCGAACACGCGCGUCGUCGUAUGGUCUGCGCUAGAGAUCAUGAUCAUCGUCUUUAUGGGCGUAGGUAAUGUAUGGUACCUAAAGCGGAUCUUCAACAGACGAAGAAUCGUUUAG